GCCCGGCACACCCCGACACCACAGGUCGAAGGGGCGGCUGCUGGAGAUCACGACGCCGGGGCUGAACAUCCUGGGCCUGGGCCACGGCGGCGAUGCAGGAGAUGGCGGCCAUCUCCCGGCCCCAGGUGCACCUCUGGGCAACUGCACCACAGAAUAUAAUGAACUGCUAAACAAACAUGAGUGAAGAGAAUAGUGUUUCUUCACAAGUUGAAGAAUAUGAAGAUGACUUUGAGAAAGACCUUGACUGGCUAAUCAAUGAAGAAACAAAAAAUAGCGAUGAAGACCCCGAGGAUUAUGAAGACGAUGAAAACAUUGAAGCCAAAAUUGAUAAGGAGUUAGGUGAUGAGGAAGAGGAAGCGAAGGAAAGUAAAGAUGAUGAGAAAAAUUCUGGGAGUGAAAUUGAAAAAUCAAACAAUAAAGGUUUUCAUAAUAAUAUGAAAAAUGCUAAUGGAGAGGAAAUUCGUACUACAAUUAGCUCUGCUCCCAAAUCAGACACAUGCAGUGAGAGCUUAUUCCAGGAGUUAAAGCAGGAGGACCAGCAGGAUGAAGAACAGAGUGAGGAGGUAAAACGUUACAUAAUGGAAAAGAUCGAACAGGCCAACAAAGAACUGAAGGACGAAGAUCCCGUGAAUCAAAAUCGAGAGCGCAGAUUAAAGUUCAAAGACAAUUUAGUUGAUUUGGAGGUCCCACCUGUGGAAUUCACUGAAAUAGAUAGGGACAACGGAGAGAUCACAGGUCCGAUGUGUAUCAAGUAUAUUUCAAAUAAUGUUCAAAAAGACAAUGACAAAGAAGUCACAGAUCAGAAGUCUGGAAAGUGUAUUUCCAAUGAUGCUCAAAAAGAUAAUGAUGGAGAGGUCACAGAUCAAAUGUCUCAAAUGCACAUUUCAAAUGAUGCUCAGAAAGUUGAUGAUACGGAGAGACAGUGGGAUGACGAUAAGAACAAGGACAAGGAAGUAUUGAUGGAGAAGGAUGGAAAGUUUGAACUACUCAGUUUACAAGAUUUUGAAAAUCAGGGUUUACUACCUCAGAUUAGUGUAGCUUUCAGUGAAAAUGAAUGGGAACAACCAAAUAAUUUGAAGGGAAAAAACCUCUCAAGCAGCCAGAACAAUUUAUCUCCCUCUCCAACGGAAGUACUUAAUACACUAAAACUACAAUUGGAACAAAACGAUCGGGUAACAUCUCCACCUAAGACAUUACCUCGAAGAACGCAAUCUGCAGUAGUUUCCCCAAAACAGUCUGCCCAUCUGAUUAUCGCAGAACACAAAGAAAUUAAUUGGAAAACUCAACAAAAGAAGGAGCAGCCAAAGGCCUCUGAGAUAUGGGCAAGAAAAACUGAUGAAGAUGAGCGGAAGAAAGAGAAUAAGGUAGCUUUUGGGAUGUGGCUUCAAAAGAAGAAACAGCAGCAUCAGGAAGAAAAGAGAAUUCAAUGUGCAAAAGAAAUAGAAAAAAAGAAUAGUAAGGAUUUCCGAGACCCAAAUGAUGCCUUCAAUCUCUGGCUAAAGAAGAAACGGGAACAACAAUUCAAAGAACAGCAAAUAGAAACUAUGAGAAAAAGGGAACAAGAUUAUAACUCAAGACUCCACUCAAGAGAAGAUUCUGAAAAAGCUUUUAAACAAUGGCUGAAGAGGAAAAAAGCAGAGAAACGGGCCGAGCAGUUGGCUGCCAAGGAGCGAUGCAAGAAGUUCCUACUGGAAGCUCGAAAAGUAAAACGAAUGCAGACUCUGCUGUGCACCCUUAACGAAUCCAAAUCAUUUCAGUUUGACAAUUAUGGAUACAGGUUCUAGAAAGUCCUGAUCAUCCUAUUCAUGUUCACAUUUAAAAUACCUCAAUGCAGGGAUGAAAUAAAGCAGAGUCUUACUCUGGGUUUGCAUAUUGCACUUUUACUGGCAUAAACACCUCUCAACAAUGCUCUCUGCGCUUGUCAGUGUGUUUCUACAUUAGUACCAACACUGGCUGAUCAUUGCGUACAGCAUGAUUAGGUUGUAAUAAAUUAUCUACACAGUCUGUAUGUUGUUAAUGUUCUUUUGUAUUCCAAUGAAAAAAAACCUUUCAAUUAUGUACUUAAAAGCUUUAUUAAAUAGGACGAAGUAGACGGGUGCACCCAAGUUUCCCGCAGCUAUGUUAAAGGGAACUAAUGGCAUUUCAGCAGAUUUUAGCAAAGUGUUCUAUAUACAACCAAUAGUUAAAUUCCAUCUACUCAAUCUGAACCAAAUAUUUAAAAUUCUAUAGUGUCUGAACAGCAGUAAGGUUAAGUGUCAGUAAACUCUUGUACCUGCAGUUCUCUCACAAAUAAAUGUACAGGUCGAAUCCAGUAUGCGGAUGCCCCACUCAUGUACAACAUUUGGGAGACUGAUGGAAUGGAUUUGGUGGCUGCCGUGGCGCUGCAGGCAUCUUCUGCAGUGUGGGAACUCGGAUUGUGGCUGCAUUUCCAACUUGUAACAGGUGGACGUCCUUUAUGCGUUCCUUUGCCUUCUCACUCCCACCACACAUAGUCUGCAUCCCUAUCAAGCUGAUAUAUUACAUGAUUUAUGACUUUUUUUCCCCUCCAGGAAUGUCAGUAACUGUUGGGUGAGCAAGAAAGGUUUGUGGAUGUCUUGCUGUUUCUCAUGUAGAAAUGACUCCAUACCUAGAUUAUUGCCCUCAAAUUAAACUGACUGAAACUGAUAAUUUGGCUUGUUUAAUCCCCUCUAUAAACAUGCAUAUCAAUUUAUUAAUUCCCUUCUCCUGCCACAAGCAACCUCUUUGGGAUUUGUGGUCCUCUGUGGAUGAAAUGCCCUUUUUGCCACAGUUAUACCAGUGAAAUCAAGUCUUGUGGAACUACCCGGCAAACCACCUUUCUUUACAAAUACAUACCAGUAACAAUGCUGACAUGAAGGUUGUAAGAUUUCUCAAAUUUCUAUGCACUUUACGUCACUAUUGACUAUACUAGACUAAUAUAAUAUAAACACAAAAUUCCAACUAAUUAUUUUAAGAACUUUACUUAUUAUAAUUUUCUGUCAUACAAGUUUACAGGCAGUAAUGCUACACAAAAGGAGUAUUUACAGGAAACACAAUUUUUCUGUUCCUUUAGAAAAGUUUAUUUGAGGUGGAACUAUUAAUUGGAAAAAUUGCAGAUGCUAUAAAUCCAAAAGAGAAAUGCUGUUGGCCUAGCACUCAGAAGUAGAUCGGGGGAGAGAAACAAAGUCAAGAUUAUGUCAAGGAUCCUUCAUCAGAACUGGAAAAAUAAGAUAAGAAUAUUUCGAGCUAUAGUACAGGAUAGGGGUGGAGGGAACUGAAGGAAUAUUUGUAAUAGGUUACAGAUUGAAGUUAUCAAGAUAACGUUUUUUAGAGUUGGAGGCGGUAAAGAGAAAUGAAACAAAUUGAAGCAAGAAGGUAACGCUGCUUCAGUGCUUUGACGUGCUACCUAAUGAAACUAGUAAUGUUUGAUCAAGUGUAAUGACAUUUCAUAUUACAGUGUUAUUGUUUCUCUGUAUCUAUAAAAGUGCAGGCAUUAUUAAUGAGUUUCAUGACAAUAAAAGCAAACAUUACCAAA